UGGACAUCGUUAUAGUAACGAGUUAGCUCUUCAAUUGUUAACAUGGCUCCAAAACUGUACGGUGUUGAUCUGAGCCCACCAACUAGGGCAGUGUUGAUGUGUGCUCACACUCUGAAUUUAAAGCUAGACUAUAUUAAGGUGGAUUUCUGCGGAGAAGAGCAUUUGCAAGAACCAUUUAUAAAGAGAAGUCCUCAGCACGAAGUCCCAGUCUUGGAGGACGAUGAUGGAUUCAUUUUAACUGAUAGCCACGCCAUCAUGAUUUAUUUGGUAGAAAAAUACGGCAAAGACGACUCGCUAUACCCCAGAAAAGAUGUCAAACAAACUGCUAUUAUCAAUCACAAAUUGUAUUUCGAUUGCAGCACUCUAUUCAUUAGAGUAAAAAGUAUAACGAAACCAAUGGUCCUAUACGGCGUCAUACCGUCCAAAGAAAAACUAGACGACCUGAAAGAAGCUCUGGAACUUCUCAACACUUUCCUAGAAAAAAGCAAGACCAAAUUCGUCGCAGGAAAUAGUCUGACCAUUGCUGAUUUCAGCAUUAUGACAUCUGUUGGAUUUGCGGAUAAUGUUGUGCAUUUUGCUGACUAUCCGCAAGUGAAAGCUUACAUGGAAAGAAUGGAGAAGUUGCCUUGUUACGGAAUAAAGGAAAACAUAGACGGUAUGGAGGACUUAACAAGAUGGAUUUCCAGCAGACAGAAAGAGCUUAAUCUUAUUUAAUAUUAAUAUUUUCUCUAUGUUAAAUUAAUAAACAUUUCUAAAUAUGUAAUUUUUAAAAACAAGAAAAUAAAAUGUUAUAAUUA